CCUACCAACUCAACACUUGAAAUAUCUCAUUUUUCUAACUGCGCUUUCAUAUACAAAGAAAGUUUUACUUGUGAAUCUGCAAAUAGCAGCAGCUGCCUGCAUCCAUGGCUUCUUGUGGGAUUUACAACCAUUUGGUUGCAUUUUCAAACCAACCCACUUCUAAACCUCCCAUUUUCAUUGCUCCUAAUCCUGUUAACCACAUUGCUGUUUCACCCAGAUCAAGAUUGUCAUAUUCACUGAGUACUGUCGUUCCAAAAGCUUCAUCCACAGCUUUAGAGCAGGCUAUAAUUUAUCAGGAAACCGAUGAAAUCCCGGUGCCAAAGGUGAUCAUAGAUCAGGACUCAGAUCUUGAUGCCACUGUGGUCGAAAUUACUUUCGGGGAUCGCCUUGGUGCUCUUCUUGACACUAUGGGAGCUCUUACAAAUCUUGGACUGAAUGUUGUCAAAGCAAAUGUUCAUCUCGAUUCUUCCGGGAAGCACACCAAGUUUUCGAUAACUAAAGCUUCAACUGGGCGUAAAGUUGAGGACCCAGAGUUGCUCGAGGCGAUUCGCCUAACAAUUAUUAGCAAUCUUCUUGAAUAUCACCCGGAAUCAAGUGCUCAAUUAGCAAUGGGGGAAGCCUUCGGUAUCGAGGCACCAAAACAUAAGCUUGAUGUGGACAUUGCAACCCGCAUACAUGUAUACGAUGACGGGCCUAACCGAAGUUUACUAUCAGUGGAAACAGCGGAUCGCCCUGGAUUACUGGUGGAUCUUGUAAAGAUAUUUACCGAUAUAAAUGUUGCAGUAGAAUCAGGAGAGUUUGACACUGAGGGCUUGUUAGCCAAGGCGAAAUUUCAUGUUAAUUACAGGGGUAAAUCCCUACUCGAGCCACUUCAACAGGUUUUGGCUAAUAGUUUACGAUACUUUCUAAGGCGGCCAACAACAGAGGAUUUGAGUUUUUAAAUGUUCCGGAACUCUGUAUCAGAAGCUGAAUGUGCAACUUAACCUGCUGGAGCAUAUGUGACAAUAAUGUUUUCUUGUACUAGUAUUAGUAGCAUUAUCUCCUUUAUCUACAACUAGAGGAAAAAAAUAGUAUUAUCAUUAUCUAUUUUUAUUUUUAGUUUUCUUUUUCAAACUCAAAAACACGAUGUAAGGGUCUGAUUAAGAUGAUCAAUGCGAAAAACAUCUAUUAACUAAC